AGCCGAGCUGAACGGAUACACACCGGGCCAAAUUAGAACAUUGAAAUGUCGGUUUUGAGGAACUCGAUCGUUUAUUUUCUAUUAUUCACAAUAGCUGUGAAUGGAAAACACAAAAAGGCAAAGCCGAAAAAGUUUGUGUCUCCGACUGCUAAAGGCAUCCAGUGUUACAAUUGCCUUUCCUUCGACCACCCCGGUUGUUGGGAUCCCGACCAUCCCGACUACGCAAAUAUUACUGUACCAAACAUAGAUUGCUACAUCCCAGGAAUGGCUUUCCUGUGUAUUGUCAUCACGUCGGAGUCAGCUAAAUUAGUCGAGACUGGUCAAGAAAUCGGGCCGGUUCGAGCGCGUACUUGCGUCCCCGCCAAGGACUUCUCAAAGAAAUCCGUGUCCUACUCCAUGUGCAGUAAGCUAAGCAAGGAACUGUCCGCCUCAGAGAUAUUCUCACGCAUUGCAGUCAGCAGACCUCAAUGCUCCUUGUGCAAGAAACACCUCUGCACCGACUCAUCGCACUGUUAAUUCUACCUCAUUUAAUUCACGAAAUUAACGCCCCACCCUAAGAUAUCUAGCAAAUUAUCUGUUAACGCCGCAACCAAUUGUAUACUUCUAGUGAUUCAUUAAAAAUAAUAUCCAAAACAUUGGCUAUAUUAAUUUCGAACUGUUUGAAUAUUCAAACACACAAAUUUUAACAACAGUAAGUUGUUGAUGUUUGUCAUUACGAGAUGGUAAGAUGCAUUCUCGGAAUCAUGACAAAACGCUAAGUUUAGGUAUAUAAGGACAUGUUUGUAUUUCAGGCCGCUUGGAAAUUUUGUUAUCGCGAUAGUUUUGUAACACGUUAUAGUUUGCGCUUGCAUCAUUGCCUUGUUUAAUAAACUUCGAAGUAAAUUUUCACACGAAGUGCAAAAAGUCGAACUUGUUGUUUUGAAACCGGAGUCUUGUUGAGUGCGCUUUCUCGCGUGAACCGUUUUUGGUUUGUUUUUAUAUUUCGGUUUAUUAUUUCGUUAAUAAACGUUGAUGUCAGA